AUGGCAGACGUUGGCAAAGCGCGAAGCAAUCGUCAAGAUGAUGGGGUUGAUUAUCAAGUACCCCACGUCUCGGUCUGGAAGGCUCGUCACCUGUGGAAGGCCAGCUUUUGUGUUGUCGGGUUGACGCUGUUCUCAUCUGCCAAUGGUUACGACGGCUCGUUACUCAACGGCCUUCAGGCUUUGGACACGUGGCAGUCGUUCAUGAACUAUCCUACCGGGGCAUGGUUGGGCUUCAUCAAUGCGAUCUACUGGGUCGGAACCUUUAUCGGCAGCCUGGUCGCUGCCUGGGUAUCCAACAAAUUCGGUCGCCGCGGAGGAAUCUGGUUGGGCAUUGGCCUCCUGUCCGUCGGGACUGCGGUGCAAGCUGCGGCUCCGACGGACAGUGCUUUCAUCGUUGCGCGGCUGAUCGUGGGCAUGAGCAGCGGCUUCCUGAACAAUGCCGCUCCCUUGCUGUUGAAUGAACUGGCUUACCCCACCCAUCGGCCGGUGGCCAACGCGCUUUUCAUGUGUGGCUACUACCUGGGCGCGUUGAUCGCCGCAUGGGUGACCUUCGGCACUCGCGUGUUGGACUCCUCGUGGGCCUGGCGCAUUCCAUCCAUCGCCCAACUCGUGUGCCCCGUGCUGGCCCUUCCCGCCCUGUUUCUCGUCCCGGAGAGCCCUCGCUGGCUUGUGUCGGCGAACCGACUCCCCGAGGCCCGCGCCGCCCUGGCGGAUCUGCAUGCCUCCGGCGAUACCAACUCGCCGGUGGUCAACCACCAAAUGAUCGACAUUCAAAAUACCCUGGCGAUGGAAGAGGAGCACGCCCAAGCGACUGGAUACGCGGAGAUGAUCGCGACCCCCGGGAACCGCCAUCGUCUCUUCAUCACCAUCUCCGUGGGCUUUUACGCGCAGUGGGUCGGCAACGUGGUGGUGUCCUACUAUCUCGCUCUGGUGUUGAAGGGGGUCGGGAUCACCGAGACCCGCGACCAACUUCUCAUCUCGGGCUGUCUUCAGAUUUGGAACUUGAUUUUCGCCACCAUCGGUGCCACCCUCGUCGAGAAAGCCGGUCGUCGGGUCUUGUUCUUACUCUCGGGUGCCAUCAUGCUCGUCAGCUAUGUCACCAUUGCCGGUCUUUCCGGAGGAUUCUACACCACCCAUACCAAGGCGAUUGGCACCGCGGUGGUCCCGUUUCUCUUCAUUUACUUCGCGGGCUAUGAUAUUGCCCUGACACCGCUGCUGACGGCCUAUCCCUGCGAGGUGUGGCCGUUCCGUCUCCGCUCCCGCGGUCUGAGCGUUGCCUGGGUGUCGGUGGUUUUCGGCAACAUGUUCAACACCUUUGUGAACCCCAUUGCUCUGGACGCGAUUGGGUGGAAGUAUUACUUUGUGUUCGUGGCCGUUCUCGUUGCCUACGAGUUCACCGUGUACUUCUACUACCCGGAGACCCGUGGAUACUCACUGGAAGAGAUGGCGGUCAUCUUCGACAAAGAGGCCGCCGAGGCUCACGGGUCCAUGCGUGACAGGGAUGAGAAGAACGGGAGUACGGAGCUGGUGGAGCGUGUUUGA